AUGAAGUUGUUUUGGAUUGUUCUGCUUUACGUACAAAAGCAGGCGGUUAACGUACAUGGACAAGACGGUUUUCAUCACGUUCGCGAAGGUGGAGCUAGAGCUCCUGAAGGAAGUAAAAAAGAAGAUCGUAUCCCUGUUCCACUUCCAGAACCAAGUAUAAAGGGUGAUAUAUCCCCUGUUAACAUACGAAGCAGUGGUGUACCAAAGUAUGGAGAUCACGACGCUAAAUUUUCAACUGUGUAUCCAAUGCAGUGCGGCGGACAAGUGGCAGCAUUAACUUCGAUUGCUGGUGCCGCCAGAUGUAUGCCAGACACAAAUGAAAUUGUCGUUAUUAACGAAAAUGACAUAAUGCGUGCUGAAUUUUGCUUGAGAGUGGUUAUAUGUAUGGAGGGCGAAGGAAAUGAAAUGUGCAAACCAGACUCGUUUCGAGUGUGGUUCCCAAUCAAACGAAAAUUGCUCACACAUAGUGAGGUUCAAAAUUACGAUAGAGCGGACAUUGAGGUUAAGCAAGGAGAGAUUGUGCAAGUCGUUGAUCCGGGAUGUACGCUUUUUUUCAAUGGAAGACAUGAGUUGAAACACAGAUUCCAGAACAGAUCGCCAACGAUUAGGAAGAUUUUAGAGAUGUGGCCUGGAUUUUAUCUUCAGCCCAGCGUUUAUCAUCCACGAAGGAUGUACCGAGGAUCUAACAUGUUGACAUUUGGAGGGACCAUGCAGAGAGGAUUGAAGGAACCUCCUUACAAGGAAAUCCAAUGUAAUGCCGAGUGUGACAUUGGUCAAUUGUUCUUCUAUAGACUAUCACCUAAUCAAAUGUUCUACUCUAAGAUCUUUGUCGAUGGAGCACUAUGCGAAUGGAUGAAGGUGUGCCUUCAAGGAAGUUCAGGGGUAACAUCGAGGAGAUUUUAUUGCUCAGAUGGAAAUAUGAUCUUCGUAUACAUUCGCUAUGGGUUUGUCGUGAUGCCUGGAGCAUUAAACGGAGCUCCGAUCAGAUUCGUGAAAAGUACUAAGGGCAAGCAAAGUUCUGCUGAUUCUAUGUCGUCACGGCCUACUCAGAUUGGCUUUGACUUCGAUGGCGAAAGGUUUUCAAUAUGGUCAGUAGGACGAGAAAGAGUUGUUUCUACCACUAGCAUGAAUCACGAUGGUAAUCUUAUUCUGUACUUUUCUCACUCUGAUUGUUUGAUCAAAAAUUUUGGAAUUCAACGUCUUGCUGGAAACGGAAUUGUGUAUCAGAUUGAUCGUGCAGACCCUGUAGACGACGUGAACACGGGUAAAGGUGAUCAAGUCACAUAUGGGACAGUAAAACCCAGAGAAACUUUGGGUACAGUAGCAACGGAGAAACCGACACCAAAUGUGUCCGCUGUUGCCCCAGUCACAACGACACAACAAAGACACAUUGAUCAGAUAAUAGACGAUGGGAUUGGAGAAGAUAGAUUAAGAGAAAAGACGGGUUGGGUCAUUAUGAUGAUGUUUGCUGGAUUUUUCGUUGGCUCUUUGCUCGCACUUCUCAUCGCCGGUACUGUACUAUACUUGGCACGACGUUCCGUUUAUGCGGCUUGGUAUCGUGGUAUGUACAAACGAUAUGGUUGUGAUGCGUCCGGCGUUACUGGAGGUGUCACCGGAAGCGCUUUUGGUACCGAAACAACAGGCGGAACAGUAGGCGGAACGACCCUGGGAGGUACCACUGCCUCAACUAUGGGUACCACAGGAGGAGGAACAACUGGCGGAGAGUCAACAAGUACAAGUGGUACCACUGGGGGCGACACCACCGGUGGUACCACUGGUGGCGACACUACUAGUGGUACUACUGGUGGCACGACCGGUGGCACAACCGGUGAAGGAACUACCGGCGGUACGGAAGGAACAACUGGAACAUCUGGAACAUCUGGAACAUCUGGAGGUGAUAUGGUUACUAUGUAG